GUUGAACGUUGAACAACAAGUUGGGCGACAUAUUGUAUCGUCUGCCAAACGACGCAGACCGGCUGGUUCAGAAAAGUUAAAAUUUUCAAAAUAAAUUAGAAUAUUGUUGUCUAAAUAUAGCAGAACAUUAUUACAUUGUGUCAGUGGUGUCUCGUGCUAUACCAGAACCAGAACUUCAUCAACAGUUUCCUGUGAUCUAUAAGUAAAAUAGUAAUGGACUUUAAUAGACAGUUUUGGACGGAGCUUAUAGAACUUUAUCGGGAGAAUUCUUGUUUAUGGAAUAGUACAUCUAAAGACUAUACCAAUAAAUGGAAACGUCAAGCAAGUUACGAAAAACUUUUAGAAAAAUUGAAAGCAGUUAACCCAACAGCAACGCUGGAUAAUUUAAAAAAGAAAAUUGGUAAUAUGAGAACAGCUUUUCAAAGAGAGUUUAAAAAGGUUCAAGCUUCCAAAGAAACAGGCACGAACACAGAUGAUGUAUAUGAACCCACACUCUGGUACUACGAUUUGAUGUCGUUUAUAACACAGUCAGAUGGUGACGGAAAAGAUAGUACGCUUGACGAAAAUAAUCUGAAAUUGGAAAGUUAUAAUAGCACAGUAGAUAGUGAUGAUGAUCAUGAUGAUGAUGGUAGUGAUUAUGAAAGAGAAUAUAAUGUAUCGCCGUCAUCGCUUUUACAGUCUUUUUCUGGUUUAGAAAAUCCGAAAAUAGAAAUUUUGGCAGAGAGUAAGGCUGACCCACUAUCUUCGACAAAUUCAUGCUACACUGCUAAACGUCAAAAGAAAAGAUUACCUAAGGAGAGCAGUGAAAUUGAAGCAAAAAAACAGCGUGUAUUGGAUUUAGCCUAUGACGCCUUGGCUAAUGACACAAAUGACGAAAUAACCGAAAAUGAGUGUACACUUGCAGGAAAACGGAUAGGUUACCAACUACAAAGAGUGGAAGAACGUCAAAGAAUUAUUGCCGAAAAACUGAUCUCUGACGUAAUGUUUUAUGCUAGGAUGGGAAGACUCCAAGAAAACGCUACUGUAUAUUGCAGUAAUCCAUCUGCUCUAAAUAUUUGCAAUAAUUCCUCCUCAUAUCAACAUCCAUCAAAUUCUUUAUCAUAAUCGAAUAAUAUAAUCUAACAUCCAGAUAUAGCCUAACAUUGGCAAAAUACAUCUGCAACACCACAGAAACACUCCACAUACUUCAUUCAAUUUUGUAUCGUAUAAAAAUAAAUAUUAUGUUCUCGA